AUGGCGGUUCGCCGUUCUGCCCGUCUGCGCAGCUCCCAGACUCCGGAGUUUCAGGAGCCUACUCCGCAGUCAGACAUUGCUUCAAGGCUUCCCUCGGUUGUGGAAGGCGAUGAAAUUCUUGAAGAGCAGCAUCACGUCCAAACUCCCGUCACCAAAACACCUUCCCACAGAACGCCCAACGCGUUUUCCCAGCAGAAAUCUGCCACGGCACGAACUCCAACAAGCAAUUAUGCGACCCGUCCACCCAUGGAAGAAAUGCAUCCGAGCAAGGCACACCCAAGCACCGCCAAGCAAGCCGACUCAGGUCUGAUCCUCGGCUUCAACCCCAUCAAAAAAGAUUCGGCUGGAAAUUUGAUCAAAGAUUGCAUGUUCGGCCAGGAGUCUCAACUCAGUGACGAGGCCAGGAAAUUGAUGGACAGCGUUCGCGAGGAUGUUGUGCGGAUCCGGUCGCAGAUGGUCCAAGACAAAUCGAAGCAGGAGAAAAAAGAUCAGGAUGCUGAGAAACAGGCACCUGGAGGCCGGAAGAUUGCAAAGCCCAAGGGCAAGGCCGGCCGAUUCAGUGACGUGCACAUCGCUGAGUUUAAAAAGAUGGACUCCAUUGCCGGCCACGCUUCUUCCUUCCGUGGUACACCUGGUCGUUUCCAACCCGUGAACAAGUCUUUGAAACGUACCAAAUCAAAGGCACAGCUGGACGAGCCCGAGAGUCAAAAUUCCUCGCCUUCGCGAUCUGCCCCCAAGCCUUCGACCGUCUCUUCCACUCCCGCGGCGACAGCCAAACGCGUCAAGCAUGCCCCGACGGACGACACGUCGACCCGUCGCCCGCCUACCGAGACGAAGGAAACUUCUCGCAAGCCAGCCGGUCCACGCGCCCGCCCGUCCAUCCGCAGCUCUCUCAUGACCCCGACUCGCGCGUCUGCAGCACGUUCGGCCAGCGUCAAAGCACCAAAGACUUCACUCAUCCCGUCCAUCACCCACUCUCCCGCGGCCAAAGCUGUGGCCUCGCCGCGAACUCCACGCACCGAUUUCAACCCACGUCUCAAGGGUCACUUGCCCACACUUGGCAACCUCAAAUCCAUUCUCCGGCGGCAUCAGCCUCUGUUCUCCCGUGAUCCGUCUAAGAUUGCGGCCGGUACCCAUGUGGCAGCUCCCGAUUUCAAUCCAGACUCUUUGCUGAGCACGGCUGCGGACUUGACUGACUCUGCCCCGACCCCGUCGCCGAAGAAGCACGUUGAAUUCACCCCCAGCGUCAAGUCUCGUCAUGAACUCGCUCAAGCUUCUCCCUCUCCCUCAAAGAUCCCGACCGCCCCUCCCCACUCUAUUGUGUCUAAUGUGACAUAUCCCACUCUCCCGGCACUCACUCCGGAGAAGAGCUCCACUGUCACAACGGUCAAUGCCUACCACUCCAAAUCCCCAUCCAUUCGCCAUGUCCGCAAGUCUGACGCCUGCGAACAACCCGCUACAUACCCUGAGCUCCCUGUGGUAGCCCAUGGCAUUGCCCAUGGGAUUGGGAACAAGAAGCGGCACCGAGAUGAAGUGGACGAUGACGAUGUCCCGGACGCCGAAAAUGCGGAGAACGUCCCGCCAGCUGAUGCGCAAGUCGACGAGCGCGGCGCCAAGCGACACAAAGCCAACCCGCCUACCCCUAGCCCUGUCAAAACCCGCCCCGUCAACACGCCCGUGCGAUCUGCUUCGGGUCGCCUCGGUACUCCCGCUAGUAAGCAAAAGUCUCGCAGCGUUCUUAGCCUGAGUCGCUUGAACAUGCUCGCCAAACCCAAGCGGGCAGGCGCAUAA